AUAUGACUAUCAUUUGUGUAAUUUUUACCGGCUGACUGCUGAUAAACUGACUCAAUUAAAUCAGGCAAACAUGUUGUUAACGAAGAUUGACACAGCAGUUUUUGUAACUGUUUUAUUAGUAGCAAAAUGUACAGCUACAAUUCCACAUUUUUUACACGGUCGUCCCAAAAAUGGUAUGUUGGGAAAACCAAAAGCAAGAGACACGACUGCACCACUGCCACAGGAUCAAUGGUUUGAACAAAAAGUUGACAAUUUUAAUGAUGCCAACACAAAGACUUGGCAACAGAGAUAUUUUGUAAAUGACCAGUUCUAUAAAGAGGGAGGUCCAAUAUUUAUUAUGUUAGGAGGCGAGGGACCAUUAGCCCCUAUAUGGAUGGUAGAAGGAGCAUGGAUUAAUUAUGCUAAAACAUUUAAUGCUAUGUUGUUUUCUAUAGAACAUCGUUUUUAUGGCAAGUCACACCCUACUAUGGAUAUGAGUACAGAAAAUCUUCAAUACUUGAGUAGUGAACAAGCAUUAGCAGAUACUGGUAAUUUUAUACAAUAUGCUAAACAGAAAUAUGGUCUGUAUGAUAAUAAAUGGAUAUCUUUUGGUGGAUCUUAUUCUGGUUCUUUAUCAGCAUGGUUAAGAUUAAAAUACCCACAUUUAAUAUAUGGUGCAGUGGCUACAAGUGCCCCAUUACUAGCAUUGAUUGAUUUUAAAGCUUAUCUUGGUGUAACAGAGGCAUCACUAGGAACAACAGGACCAGCUUGUAAUACAGAAAUUAGUAAAGCUACAACUGCUGUAGAAAGUCUAAUAACAACAGACAGUGGUAGAAUGAAACUAAAAACUAUGUUCAAUUUGUGUGAAGACAUAAAUCCUGCCAAUAUAUAUGAUGUAGCUAACUUUUAUUCUCUAUUAGCUGGUAAUUUUGAAGGUGUUGUACAGUAUAAUAGAGACAAUAGAGAUUUCGAGGGUGGUGUUGGUGGUAAUAUUACAAUAGAUACUCUAUGUGGUGUGAUGAAUGAUACUUCUAGAGGCAGUGCUAUUGAGAGGUAUGCAGUAAUAAACAGUAUGAUGUUAUCAACAUAUGAUGAAAAAUGUUUAGAUAUUAACUAUAACAGUAUGAUUGAUGAUUUAAAGAAAACUGACUGGAAUAGCAGUGCUGCUGAGGGAGGUCGACAGUGGUUGUAUCAAACUUGUACAGAAUUUGGAUUCUUUCAGACGUCCGAUUUAGAAGACCAGCCAUUUGGACACGGCUUUCCACUCAAUUUUUCAGUUCAACAGUGUAUGGAUAUUUAUGGUUCUCAGUUUAAUGCCGAUCUGAUAACUAAAGGAAUAAAUAGAACUAACACCAACUAUGGAGCACAGAAUAUCAAAGCAUCAAGAAUUGUAUUUCCUAAUGGCUCAAUAGAUCAGUGGCAUGCCUUAGGUAAACUUGUAGAUUUACCAGAUGGAAGUGUGGCUAUUUUUAUAAACGGUACAGCCCAUUGUGCAAACAUGUAUCCACCAAGACCAGAAGAUCCAGAAGGACUUGUUCAGGCUAGAGAAAUAAUCAAAGACUUGAUUGGAAUUUGGACCUUACCCUUGGCUUAAAAAACUUAACAUUGGCUUAAAAAAUUUACCUCAAUUUAAUAUUUAAUAAACAAAAUUAUUAGUUACAUUAUUUUUGUAAAUAAGAUUAUAACUGAGAGUAGUAUUUGUUUUCACUUUAUCUCAGUCUGUUAAAUAUACUUGUAAAAUAUAUACCGGUUAUUUUAUAUUGGAAUACAACUUCACACAUCCCUAAUAAUAGAUUGGUUUAGAAUGGUCUGUACAAAGUUGUUUACUUGAACAUAUAAAUAAGAAGAUGUUCAAGGUCUUCUCAUUAUCACUACUGUAUGUUGUAAAUGGUAAUCUAUAAAUUAACUUCAUAAUAUUGUCUCCAUACUAUAUUUGUUCAUUCCAUAAAUUGUGUAUUGUUGUAAAAUGGUUUUAUAUUGUUAAGAUAAAUUUGUCAUAAAUAAU